AUGACAAUAACAAUCGACUCGUUCAAGUCGAACCUGCUGCAGUUCUCUCAUCCUGGGACGCUGACACCUGGCGAGGCGUCGAGGCUGACGCUCAUUCUACUGGAGGUGCUUGCUGAUGACGACUGCGAUGCUUACUUCCUGAAGUUCAUCUCGAGGUUCCUGUCGAGGGACGUCUACGGCGAAUUGAUAGAGGAGCGCAACAUCAACAAGCUGUGUGCGUAUCCGCUGUGCCGUGAGAAGCAGGCCAGAGCGCACGGGCUUCACAGGACCUCUGUUGGGCUGCCCUACGAGUACCUGAAGUACUAUUGCACGAAGACCCAUUUCCAAUGCUCCGAGUUCUACAAGGCCCAGUUGUCGCCAGAGGCGUUGUUUGCACGGCCAAACGUCACCGUGGAGAGCUAUGGUGCGAUGGAGUACGAGAACGGCAUCACGCUGCUAGAGGAAGUGUUACAGGAGAGGAAUAGAGGCGCCUCGUUACGACAGGUGUUGAACGGGAUGGACACGUUGACACUACAGGACGACAAACAAGACGAGGCGAUCCAGCAGAUGGAUUCGAUGAUCCAGGACUUCAAGAUCGUUGAGAAUGAACAGCCUGAGCCUCCUACACAGACCCGGUUUGACGACUUGGACGGGAUGAGUCCACAGGAGAAGUAUGAGUAUCUACAAGAUCAGAGCAAGGCAAUUGAUGGCUAUGUACUAGGUGGGUCAUCUUGA